CCUCUGUGAAUUUCCAAAACUGCAUCAUGUUGUUCAUUUUACUGUGUUAUCCAGUAUUCCUUGCAUCAGCGGCUGAGUGGAGUUAUAGUGGCCUAACAGGCCCGUCUUUCUGGCCCAAGCUGUUUCGUCAGUGUCGUCGAGGUACCCAGUCACCUAUUGAUCUAACUCGGCGACACCUGAAACUAAAUGGCAUCAACUUCGUGGAUUAUAAUUUAACAUUGAAUUCCAUGAUAUUGAAAAAUGAUGGGAAAACUGUGAAAGUGACCUUCAACAGCACUGGUAUUCCGAUGAUAUAUGACAAGAAGCUAAAAGCAGAGUACCUUUUACAUUCCUUUCAUUUUCACUGGGGGAAAGAUGACACUCUUGGAUCCGAACACACAGUUGAACAAAAUGUCUAUCCCAUAGAACUCCACCUAGUUCACUACAAUUCCAAAUAUUCCGACAUCACGGAAGCUUUACCUCGGAAGGAUGGCAUAGCUGUUGUCGGUGUGCUUUUUAAGUUGAACAAAGAUUCGUGUGACGACUUGGAUGAUAUCACCGAUUCCUUGGAAUCAGUGGAAAAUACAGGAGCUAAGGUCGUUAUUACUAAUCCUGACUUAAAGCUAGAAGAUCUACUGCCGUCGGACACUUCGGUUUACUUUCGUUAUCAGGGUUCUCUUACCACUCCCAUGUGUACUGAUGCUACUUGGAAUGUUUUCAUUGGAAAGACCAUCUCACCAAGUCAGUUGGAAAAAUUCCGGUGUCUCAGAGAUGUGUAUGGAAACUUCUUGGUGAACAACUUUAGACCAGUUCACCUAAAAAGGAAAUAAACCGUUUCCAUGAAUUUCUUUCAGUUUAAAUCUGUUGAAGACAAGUUACUCGUCCUGCCUAAUUUUAUUGAAUAACCAAGUUUAUAUAAUUAUGAUUUAAUUAUGAUGUGCUUUCAAAUAAUAUUGAUAAUUUUCCUAGUGUGUGAAUAUUUUUGAUCAAAAGUGUAACACGCUUUGACUG